GUGUACGUGUGUUGAAUACAAAAUGGACAUCGAUUUUAAAAACAAAGUUGUCAUAGUAACUGGUGCGAGCUCUGGUAUUGGAGCCGCAGCUGCUAAAUUAUUCGCGAGAUAUGAAGCAAAGCUGGUACUUGUCGGAAGAAACGUAGAGAGACUUCAAGGUGUGGCAGAAGAAUGUUCAGUCGAUGGAGUACCACCAUUAUGCUUACUUCUAGACCUAACACACCCUGGUAGCUGCGAGACUGUCAUUCACCGAACCAUUGAAGUAUACGGCAGAAUAAACGUGUUAAUAAAUGGAGCUGGUAAAUUAAAAAUGGCAUCAAUCUUUGACCAAUCAAUGGAAAUAUUUGAUGAAUUAAUCGCAAUCAAUCUUCGUGUCCCAUAUUACUUGUGUCAAUUAGCUGUACCAUAUUUAAGGAAGACUAAAGGGAACGUUGUAAACAUCGCUGCGUCACUUUCUCACAGACAUACAUCAGGAUUUUUAACUUACAACAUAACUAAAAACGCUCUCCAGCUGUUCACAGAACAAGCAGCUGCAGAAGCGACAGGAGAAGGUAUAAGAAUAAAUUCAAUCAAUCCAGGUUUCACGAAAACCAAUUUAAUUAGAAAUAUAAAUGUUGAGGCAUCGUAUUUAGAUGUUGCAUAUAGAAGAAUAUCAGAAAACUUCCCAACAAAAACACCAAUUGAGGCCUCAGAAGUAGCAAAGUUAAUAUGCAUCAUAGCCAGUGAUUUAUUUCCAGAUAUAAACGGUUCCAAUAUCGGAAUAGAUGGAGCAUCAUCUGCACUUUAGCAAUUCUAUAAAACUGUGUAAAAUUAGCUAGCACAAAGCAUACGUUUCUUUCAAAUAAUUUCACAUCUAUACUUAUAUUAUAAAGAGG